CGCUCGGGCAUUUCCGCGCGCCGCUGCCGGAGCCGGUUCUGGGCCGGGACCGGCGCCUGUCCCGGGACUCGUUCGCCACCGGAGCGUCCCCAGAGCGUUCCCGCCGGGUCCCCAGUGAGCAUGGCGUUCCGCCAGCUUCUGGAGGCUCUGGUGACCGUGGUGGCCACCCUGGGCGAGGUGGCGGCCACCGUGACCGGGUCACACAGGGGCGUGCGGCGGCGCGUGUCCCCAAAGUUCCUGCCCGCGGCCCUGAGGAGAUUCACCCAGAGCCUCCGUGAGACCCUGGACCACGGCGAUGUCACCUCCCUGGGUCACCGUGGUGUCCUCUCCCUGGGCCGGGCUCUGGCCGCCCUCGGGGCCACCCCUGGGACCACCCGGGACGAUGUGAGAGCCGCGGCCAGGGCCUGGCGGGAGUUGGUGGCCGCACUCGGGAAGCGCUGGGAGCAGCUGAAAGAGGAGGCCGCCGAGCUGUGCAACACCUGCUGGGACGCGGCCCCCUCCCGGGCCAGGGACCUGUGGUUCGAGGCUACCUUCUGUAAAACGGUUUGGGACAACCUGGAGGCCACAGCCUGGUGGCCCCCGGUGACCCUGUGCAAUGACGAGGGGGCCUCGGCAGGGGCCGUGCAUGAUGCCCAGGUGGCAGCGGCCAGCAGCGAGGAGGAGGCGGCCACCAGUGAGGAAGAGGAAGCUACCAGCGAGACCAUGGACGAGGCUGUGGUGGCCACCAUUGAGGAAGAGGAAGCUACCAGCGAGACCAUGGACGAGGCUGUGGUGGCCACCAUUGAGGAAGAGGAAGCUACCAGCGAGACCAUGGACGAGGCUGUGGUGGCCACCAUUGAGGAAGAGGAAGCUACCAGCGAGACCAUGGACGAGGCUGUGGUGGCCACCAUUGAGGAAGAGGAAGCUACCAGCGAGACCAUGGACGAGGCUGUGGUGGCCACGAGCCAGGCGAGGGCAGCUACCAGGACGGUACAUUGGGCAGUGGUGGCCUUGGGGCCACUGAAGCGCUUGGUGGACGUGUUUGGCAAAGCCGUCGAGUUCACCUGGGUCAUGCAUUACCAGCUCGAGGAGAUCGAGGACGCCCUGCAGUGGACAGAGGAGUUGUUCCCUGAUGUCCUUGAGGACUUGGUGGCCAAGGCGGCCAAGUUUGAGCGGCUGUGGGAUGCCAGCGCUCACCUGGCCUCGCAUCACCUGCUGCCCACACUGUGGGAUAUCCAUGCCCUCCUCUUGAGUCCCUAUGGUGGCCCUGGUGGCCCCGGUGGCCCGGGUGGCCCUGGUAGCCGCGCAGUGGACGAACGGUGCCAAAAAGCCAUUGAGGACAUCCCGAAGCUGCUGCAGGGAUAGUGAUGUCACUGCUGUGUUGUCAUCAGUGCAGUGAUGUCACUGGAGAGACUUGUGGACACUUGAGUGCCACCAGCUCCUUGAGUGCCACCAGUGCCUCGUGUCCCCAAGAGCCCCUCAAGUUCCACCAGUGCCUCGUGUCACCAAGAACCCCUCAAGUGCCACCAGCUCCCUGAGUGCCACCAGCUCCUUAUGUUACCAAGAGCCCCCCGAGUGUCACCAGGACUGGCCCAGCCCCCGUGUGCUGGGUCCCUGGUGUCACCGGGGUCUCUCUCUGUGUCUCAUGCUGCCCUCGGACACCCACCGGGACCCCACUGAGCACCGGGACCCCCCUCAGGACCCCCCCUCAGGACCCUGGAGUUUCCCCUCCUCAUGCACCGGCACCACCGGACCCCCAGAGGAGCUGGGACCACUGGAGAUCUCCCCAGAUCACGGAGCACCAGGACCCCCCUCGUGCACCAGCACCAGGACUGGACCCUCCUCGAGCACCAUGACCCCCCUGUGCAUUGACCCCCCCUCACUGAGCACCAGGACUGGGACUGGAGCCCCCCUCGAACCCUGGGACCUUCCCCUGGGCACCGGGACCCCCCUGGGCCACACCACCCCCGAGCACCAGCACAGGGACCGGACCCCCUCUCGUGUACCAACCCCCCAAGCACAGGGACCGGACCCCCCUUUGUGCCCCCCACCCAUCACGGGGGUUCUGACCCCUCCCCUUUGACCCCCCUGGAGCCACGGGACCCCUGGGAACAGCACCUGGACUGGGGGGGGAGCCCUGGAGAGCUACUGGGGGGGCUCCGAGCACUGGGGGGACACAGGGGGGUCCCCAGCACUGGGGGAUCCCUUGGGGCUUGGUCCUGUUCCCCCCCGGGACCCGCCUCUGAAAAACAGGGGUCAGAAUUGAAAUUUUAUAAAAGUUUGUUAAGGGAUAAAAUCCUGGUGCUAAUUGCCAAAAGGUCCCUGUUAAUUAAGCCAUGUUCUUUACGUCCUGUUACAUCAUGGAGGUUCAUGCAUAUUCAUGAGGGCUUAUGCAUAUUCAUAAUAUAUUAUUGAUCUAAAUAUAUAUAUGAGUAAUAAAAUACAAAUGUAAUAUAUAUUUUAUAAAAAUAUUUUACAAUAAUAUAUUUUAUACCAACAGAAUUUAUAUUUAUAUAUAUUUAUAUAUUAAUUUAUAUUAUCUAAAAUUAAUAUUUUUAUAUAUAAAUAUACAAAUAUUUUUCUAUGUUCUGUAUGAAUUAUUUUCAAACAUUUCUGUGAGUUCAGAUGUUCUUUUGUUUGGUUUUAACCCUUGACUUGCCUCCACGCCAUCUUUGCAUUAAACCAAUUUAUUUUAUUUCUC